AUGUGGCGGCUACCUUUGGGCCUACGGACUCGAUGCCUCCCUGCACUUCUGCGAGGACAUUUCUCCGAUGUGAUGCGGACGGCUGGCAGGUCCAUGUCGACGAGCAGCGAUGCGCUGACUGCCAGCGCUGCCAGCGACACCGUGCGCCUUGGGGGUGCCAUUGCAGCGCGCGUGCGGCAGGAUGGCCACACCAGCAUUCGCUGUGUUGGUGCGAAAGCUGCCUUCCAAAGCAUCAAGGCGCUGGUGAACGCCACGGGGUAUCUGAGUCACGACGAGGGUGCGCCGGAAGGGCGCCAUCUUGGCAUCCAAGUCUUGCCGCAGUCUAGCAAAGCCCCAGAAGCUGAAGGUCAAGGUAGCCAAGAGGGUCCCAGGGAGCUCCGCUUACACAUCGAGCCGGUGGUGGUUCCAGCCGAUGCCCUGACCCUUGGCGCAGGUGGUCACACCGAUCUGCUCGUGGGAGCCAACACAGUGGCCGGCAAGGCAGCUGCGGCCAUGGCAGGGGCGAUGAGACCACAAGGUGGUGGUCACGGGAAGUAUCCGGUUGUUCGGGCCAUGGGCUCGGUUGCUGCCCACCGGGCAUUGGUCGCUGGCAUGCUGGCACAGAGGUAUCUGGACAAUGACGGCCGAGGUGUUCGAUUUUGCAUCCUGCCCUAUUGGGCUGCUGGGGCCAGCAUUGCUGUGGUGCGAGUCACGUUUGUGAUUUGCGGAUUUGCAGAGUUUACAUGCCUGUUCAUCGAGUACAACAUUCAGAAGCGCAUUCGCGAGCACAAGCGAAGAGUAAAGAAAGAAGCAAAAAAACUCGGGCAGAAAAGGCGGCAGAGAAAAGAUCCAGGCAUCCCCAAUAGCUUGCCAUGGAAGGGGGAGCUGCUGGCGGAUAUCGAAGUCAAAAAGGCGAAGAAAGAGGAGGAACUUGUCAAGAAGAAACAAGAGGCGAGAGAGAAAACAAAGCUUGACCGACAACAGCAGCAAAAGGAGAUGGAGGAGAUGCACAAAAGCAAAGAGUCAGAGAGACGAAAAAAGCGUGCAGAGGAGGUGCUGAUGUCACAGUUAGAGACGUUGCAGCGAAUGCUUUUGAAGGCGGACAUUUUGCUGCAGACAUUGGAUGCCCGAGAUCCUCAGUACUGCCGAUGCGCCGAGCUGGAAGCCUGGGCCACUCAGAAUCAGAAGCGUUUGAUCUUUGUUCUGACGAAGGUUGACCUGGUGAUUCCUCAGCAAGUAGCAGAUUGGCAGCAAGCCUUGGGGCAGCUGGCCCCUGCACUCUGUGUCCAAGUGGAGGCAGGUGGUGAAGGUGUCAAGGAGCUUCUCCAUGUGCUGCAGAGAUCGGCCACGGGUGCGGAGAGCAGCGUGGUGGGCGUCCUAGGCUUUGAGGGCACUGGGAAGAAAUCCCUGCUGAAAGCCCUGAGGAGAGAACAAGCAGCAGGAUCAUCAGGAAGUCUACAGUUCUUAGACCAGGUGGGUCGCUUGAGGCCUGCUGAAGAUCCGGAAGGCGAACAGGCCCUGCACUUCAGCUUGCACCUGGCAAUGCGGGGGCUGCUGCCAAAAGCCAGGGAGCCAGGUGCUGAACCGCUGGAGGUGGUUCGUCACUUCCUUCAGCGCUGCGGACCGCAGGCACUGAUGCGACGCUAUCGGCUGCCGGCCUUUGAUGGUGCCGAGGGAUUUCUGCAAGUUUGGGCUAAAACCUUCAACGUGAAGACCAAGAAGGGAAAAGCACCAGGCGUAGAGUCCGCCGCCCAGCUCUUCCUUCAGCAGCUCGCCACCUCGCCAUGCUGCAGCUGCCUGCCGCCAGCGCAGCUGGAGGGGCCAAACAUGUGGGAAGGACACCUUCGGCAACAACUUGAAUCCGUGAUGAAAGCGCAGCUGGAUCUGCUGCGCUCGCGGGACGUGAGCUCGGCUUCACGUGGCCUGACUUGGCCAUCUCAGGGCCUAGGGCCCCAGAUCGCCUUGCAGGAGCUAAUGGAACAUGACGAUGCAGAGGAUGGUUCAGACGACGGCAUGGAUGAUGACGGCUUUGAAGAGGGAGAAGAGGAAGAGUGGAUGGAAGGAGAAGGAGAGGAGGAAGAAGAUGGCGAGGAUGAUGCCAUGGAAGACUGA